CAUGUUUAUUUGUUUACAUUCUUUAGAAUAAUUAAAAUUUCUUAAUUAAUGAUCGGAACGUGGAAUUUCAACAUCGGUGGUUAUCAAAAUGGAAAAACGUGAGAGUGUUUUAACAGAAGCAUUAGAAAAAAACGCCGAAGAAAUAGAAAAAUGGAAAAAUUAUCUCGAAGAAACAAAAGUUGGCAUUGAAAAUUUGAAAAAAUUUAUUAAACAUUUAGAUGUUGAUGUUAUGGUGCCGGUGGGAACGAAAGCUUUCAUGCCAGGAAAGCUUAUUCACACUAAUGAAAUAUUGGUAAGUCACUAUCAAGGUUAUUUUUCCAAAUGCUCUACAAACAAAGCCAGAGAAAUAUGUGAGCUGCGUAUCGAAAAUGCUAAGGAACACUUGAAGAAAUUAGAAGUUGAAGCCGAAUUAUGGCAGAAUAAGCUACAGAAGCCGUAUGAGGACGGGGUUCUAGCGGUCGGUGAGAAAAGGGAUAUUAUUGAAGACUAUGAUGAACAAAAAGAGGAAGUGUGGCGGGGACAGCAUAGGGAAAGAAUUCGACAGGCUAAAUUAAAAGAAAAAACUGAAAGGGAUAGCGUCCAAAAAAGCGAUGAAGAAGUUUUUAAAAUGCUUGAGGAAGCUGAGUUAAUGGAAGAGUUGGAACAAGAAUUGGACAGUUUGGAAAUAAACGAUAUGACUGAAGAAAUAAUAAAUAAGCUGAUAAGUGGUGAUAUGAAAGUGCCAAAGGAAAGGAAUAGAAUUUCCCACGAAAAGCAAGCAGAACAAGUUGAGAACAAUUGCCUUAGAGGAGUAGAAAAUGAGGAAAAACAAGGCAUUGUUAAAAAGGAUGAGAUUAGCGAUAUCAUGCCAGCCACUAAUAACAACAUUCUACCUAACCCGGAAUUAAGAACAGAUAAUCAGUUGGAAGAUCGUAGUUCGGAUGAGGAAUUGCCAGAGGAAAUAAAAAUUAUCACUGAGCAAGCAAAAUUCUUAAGUCCUUUUGACCAGAUCGGCUUCUACGAUUAUCAACUGCAAAUCAUACGUCGAAAAUUAUCCACCCUACCUUUGAAAACACCUGAACAAUUGGAUGAGAAAAUACGUCUUUUAACAGUAUUAGAACAUUUAGAAGAUCUAUUAGAAACCGCAGAAGAAUUUGACGAAGGCAAUACAGAUAAAGAAAAUCAAGAUUCCGACAUUGAUAUGACAAAUGAAAACCAUCAAUACUUCAUCGAUAACCAAAGCGAACAAAUGAAGACCUCACAAAAGCGCCGAAUCUCGUUUGCAUUGGAAGAUGAAACUUUAGAAUUUCGUAAAAAUGAAACAGUAACACAAAUGAAAAUUCAACCUUUACGGGAUGUGAUACAACUGGAUGAUGUGCCAAUAGAAAAUCAAGUUAGGCAAAAUGAAAGUUCGAUAGAAAAUAAAAAAGACCUGAUAAAAUCGAGAGUUGAACAAAAUCUGCAGUUUAUUGAAGAGAAUCAAAGUAAACAAGAUUUUAAUAUGGUCGAACAAAUUCUGAAGGCAAGUAUGGCUCAAAUUAAAACUUUCCAUAUAAAAUUUCAACAUUCCACACAAGAGCCAAAGCAUACCGAUUCUAAAGAAGACGAUAACAAUCGAAGUGAAACUUAUGCAGAUCUACCAGGAACUCCCGCUGAUUUUUACAAUCGUUAUAUGAAAUCAUUAGGAAAGGAGAAUGAAUUAAAAUUUUUAUACCUGGACAGCUACGCCGGCGAAGAUCAAGUAAAAGCCCCGAUAUUGAAAGAAGUCGAUCGUGAAGAAGCUUUCCAAGAUCCAAAAUUAGAGUUCUCAAGGCCCGCUGCAAAAGUGAAAUCCAUACUGCGUAAUAAAAAAGCAGUGAAAGUGGAAAAUCAUUAUCCAGACUCCGAGGUUACUAACAAAAAAUCAAAAACAAAAUUAAAUAACAAGUCUGCGUCUUUCGAUGAUGAAGAGUACAUGAGUGCUUACAAUAAGGUCAUGAAUGAUGUGAUGGAGAAACCAUUGAUAGACCCCGAACCUCUACCGAAAGGAAAAUUUAUUGAUGCUCAUGCGCCUAAAAAGCGUAUCAGCCGUUUCAAGCAAAUGCGUAUGAGUGGCGAAGAAGAAGUGUAACUAAAUCUUAAAAUGAAUUGAGUUGUGGUCCAAG